AUGUCCAUAGAAGUGGACUGGGACGCGCUGACGAGCGGUCCCGAUGGCAGAGCGCUGGCAGAGCGCAUCCGCAUCUUCAUCCACGACAAGUUCCAACGCGUGCCGCUCCCACGCUUCAUCAAGUCCGUGACGGUGCACGGAUUCGACUUCGGCACAGUCCCUCCUAGCCUUGUCCUGAAGGACAUAACAGACCCCCUGCCGGACUUUUACGAGGAAGACGAGGGGGACACGGAUGACGACGACGGCUACCACGACAACAUGGGCGCACCUUACCUGGGGACCUCGACGCCCGGCAUCCUCGGCGGCCCGGGGCUGAACUACUUCCACGGCCAUCUAGGCACGACGGGGACGAACACGCCCCUAGCCGCCGUGGCGGGUGCCCACCACUGGAUGGGCACCAUGACGUCGUCGCCGUCGCCGCCGCCGUCGUCGUUGUCGUCGUCAUCGCCGUCUUUGCCGUCGUCGUUCCCCUCGCCGCCGCCCAGCGGCCGGCACAGCCGCAACCAGUCGCAGGGGAGCAUGCUGUCCGUCGACAACGCGCCGCCUCACUCCCUGCAGCCCCAGCAGAAGCAGCCGCCUCCGCCGCUGCGGGAGAAGGGAAGCGUGUCCACGUUGGCGCCUACGUCGGCGAAUACUUCGCGGCCUCCGACACGGGAUGCCGCCGCCACCGCCGCCGCGUCGUUCGAAUCGGCCAUCACGGAGGAGGAGGAGGAGGAGGAGGAGGGUGCUGACGGGGCACAGGAAGAUGGUGGUAGGAGGAGGAGGAGGAGGAGGAGGAGGAGGAGGGAGCCAAAGGUGGACGACUUCCAGUCCGUCUUCAGGAUCACGUACUCUGGCGAUGUGAGGCUCAACCUCACGGCUGAGAUACUCCUCGACUACCCGAUGCCCAGCUUCGUGGGCAUCCCGCUCAAGCUCAACAUCACCGGUCUGUCGUUUGACGGUGUCGGCGUGCUGGCCAAGAUACGCAAGAGGCUGCACUUCUGCUUUCUCAGUCCCGAGGAUGCCAUGGCUGCUGUGGGCCCGGAUGACGAUGAGGAGCAGGAACGAGAGGGUGAGCAAAAGCUACAGCAGCAGCAGCAGCAGCAGCAGCAGCAGCCGCCGCCGCAGCAGCCGCAACAAAGGGAUAUUCAGAAGCAGCAGCAACAACAGAGGGAUACUCAGAAACAGCAACAGCACAAGGGUAGAUUCGGUGGAUUGCUUCAGGAGAUCAAGGUUGAGAGUGAGAUUGGUGAGAGGGAAGGUGGGAAGCAGAGCUUGAAGAAUGUUGGCAAGGUGGAGCGGUUUGUUCUGGAGCAGGUCAGGAGGAUAUUUGAGGAGGAAUUUGUAUAUCCUAGUUUCUGGACGUUUUUGGUGUAA